UUGCCCCACCUCUCCCUCGUACCUCAAUACAUCCCCACUAAAUUCCUAUUUCACACACACUCCACUCACACCUACGCGUAUCCACGAACAAAUACACAUCUACACAUACUGCAACCAUGGGUCUCAUGUGGCACAAGGGCUUUGGCGGAAAGAGGGCUGGCGGCGGUGUUGUUGUUGACAAACACGGUGUUCGACGCGCACCCUUUCGCAUCUCGUGCGGUGGUUUCUCUUGCUUCCGCUAAACAUCCACCCGCCCUGCAUCAACGAUUCACGACUUGUAAGUCGAACAGGCUCGCCAGAGGUGACCAUUAG